AUGCCCUGGCGAGCGCUCGUGCUGGCGCUGCUGCUGCUGCGCCUGGGCCUGCACGCGGCGCUCUGGCUGGCGCUCGCGGCGCGGCCGCCCCCGCCGCGGGGGGCGCCCUGGGGGGGCCGCGGGCGCGACGAGUACGAGCGGCGCUACGCGGGCGCCUUCCCGCCGGGGCUGCGCGCCCGCAUGCGCGACCGCGCGCGGGGCAUGUUCGUCUUCGGCUACGACAACUACAUGGCGCACGCCUUCCCGCAGGACGAGCUCAACCCCAUCCACUGCCGCGGCCGCGGCCCGGACCGCGGGGACCCUUCAAACCUGAAUAUCAAUGAUGUCCUCGGGAACUACUCCCUGACGCUGGUGGACGCGCUGGACACCCUGGCGAUCAUGGGAAACUCCUCCGAGUUCCAGAAAGCCGUCAGGCUGGUGAUCGACACCGUCUCCUUCGACCGGGACUCCACCGUGCAGGUGUUCGAGGCCACGAUCAGGGUCCUGGGCAGCCUGCUCUCGGCACACAGGAUCAUCACGGACGCCAAGCAGCCCUUCGGGGACAUGGCCGUCAAGGGCUACGACAACGAGCUGCUGCACAUGGCCCACGACCUGGCCGUGCGGCUGCUCCCGGCCUUCGAGAACACCAAGACCGGGAUCCCCUACCCGCGGGUGAACCUCAAGACGGGCGUGCCCCCCGACAGCAACAACGAGACGUGCACGGCGGGCGCGGGCUCGCUCCUGGUGGAGUUCGGGAUCCUGAGCCGCCUGCUGGGCGACUCCACGUUCGAGUGGGUGGCGCGGCGGGCCGUGAAGGCGCUCUGGAGCCUGCGCAGCAACGACACGGGCUUGCUGGGCAACGUGGUCAACAUCCAGACGGGCCACUGGGUGGGCAAGCAGAGCGGGCUGGGCGCCGGCCUGGACUCCUUCUACGAGUACCUGCUGAAGGCCUACAUCCUCUUCGGCGAGGACGAUGACCUGCGCAUGUUCAACGCCGCCUACCGCAGCAUCCAGAGCUACCUGCGCAGAGGCCGGGAGGCCUGCAACGAGGGCGAAGGGGACCCGCCGCUGUACGUGAACGUGAACAUGUUCAGUGGGCAGCUGAUGAACACGUGGAUCGACUCCCUGCAGGCCUUCUUCCCGGGACUGCAGGUCCUGAUCGGGGACGUGGAGGACGCCAUCUGCCUGCACGCCUUCUACUACGCCAUCUGGAAGCGCUACGGGGCCCUGCCCGAGCGCUACAACUGGCAGCUGCAGGCCCCCGACGUGCUCUUCUACCCGCUGCGGCCCGAGCUGGUGGAGUCCACCUACCUGCUCUACCAGGCCACCAAGAACCCCUUCUACCUCCACGUGGGCGUGGACAUCCUGCAGAGCCUGGAGAAGCACACGAGAGUCAAGUGCGGGUACGCCACGCUGCACCACGUCAUCGACAAGUCCAAGGAGGACCGCAUGGAGAGCUUCUUCCUCAGCGAGACCUGCAAGUACCUCUACCUGCUGUUUGACGAGGAGAACCCGGUGCACAAGUCCGGGACCAGGUACAUGUUCACCACGGAGGGCCACGUUGUGUCCGUGGACAAGCACCUGCGCGAGUCGCCCUGGAAGGACCUGUUCGCCGAGGGCGGCCGGCCCGGCGCGGGGGCCAAGGGGUCCGAGCUGCGCAUCCUCAACUCCAGCUCCAACUGCAACCGCGUCCCCGACGAGCGGCGCUACUCGCUGCCCCUGAAGAGCGUCUACAUGCGGCAGAUCGACCAGAUGGUCGGCCUGCUCUGACCUCUGACCCGCCCGCGCCGCGCGUCUCCUCUGCUCAAUAAAGUGUGCUCUUGUUCUCCGGCAUCCCGAGGUGAGAGGGGGCGGGCCCCGGGCCCAGGGGGCCCAGGACACCCGGGGGCCGCCCAGGACGGACUCAGGGGCUGGCGGUCCUGCCCUGGCCUGUGCCCGCGCCCUCGCCCGCGCUGCUGCCGGUGGCUGGAGAGUCUCACGCCCGAGCGUGGCGGGUGGGCCCCGGGGACGAGGCUCGCGCCGGCCUUGGACUUCCCCGCGCAACCAGGUGCCUUCCGGGAGAGACGCCCCCGCCGGGUGGGGGGCUGCGGGGCCUGGCUCUGGGGGGCCCUGGCCUGUCGCCCCCGCCCGGCUGACGCUUUCCUCCACCCUCCGGGCGCGGGGGCUGCUGGCGCCCUCUCAGCCUCGCAGCCGGGCCCGUCCGGGACGGUCAAAGCUCUUGUUUCUCCCAAGCUGUACGGGUUCAGCUCCUGGAGGCGUCCGCGGAGGGUCUCGGCCGUGGGGCGUGGCCUCUGUCUUUCAAACGUUUAUUUAUUAUAUGAAAAAGAAAGAAAAAAAAAUGCCACUUUAUAUGUUGCCUUUUUAAUUCUUUUUUUCCCCUAAUUUCUUCCUGACCUUGUUCCAGAAGCACUUUCUUUGCCGCGUGGCCUCCUCGCUAGGGUCGAGAUGCUUGAGGGUCGUGUCGGGGCCAGAGCGUAGCACAGCAGGGAGGGCGCUGCCCAGCGCUCAGCCAACCAGGGUCCGGCCCCGACACCCCGUAGGGUCCCCCCCCCCCCCCCCGCACUGCCAGGAGUGGCCCCUGAGCACCGCUGGGUGUGACCCAGAAACAAACGAACAACAACAAAAUACCGAGAAAUCUACGUACCUGCAGUCUUUGCACUGAGUCGGCCUCAAAUGCUCCACCCUGACGCGCGUGUACACCUGUGCACACGCGUGUCCAUGCAGCACAUUCGUGUCCACGCACGCGUGCAUCCCUUUCCUCCGAGCGUUUGGGAGGGCCAUGAGGAAGGGGGGCCUCUCGCACCCCCCGGCGGCCCGUGUCUCGCCCCGUCCCUGACCCUCGCUGCCCAGUGCCGGGCCCUGGGUGCGAGGGCGAGUGCCACCGUCCAGCCCCCGGCCUGGCGCUGCUGGUCACUGGUCCUCUGGGCCCGCCUCACCCUGUCGCCUUUGGAGCUGGGGUCUGGCUGUGUCUCCCGGGAGGGGGCAUGGCAGACCCCCACCCCCGUGCCUCAUGCCCGCCGUGCACACGCGUCCCCGCGCUCUCGCCAAGGCCUGUCGACGCUGCCUUAUGCGGGCCGGGGGGCUGGUGAGCCCCCCAGGGACGGAGCUCAGCGGGCUGGGCCUGUGAGUGUGGCCGGGGGUCCGGGCCCCUCUUCCCUCCCGUCCCGUCGCUUCUGGUUCGAUUGAGUGUGUGCAGGGGUGUGUGGGUGCAGCUGGGCCCCUCCCCGCCCCCCCCACCUUGCACAUGCCCCUCCCCCUCCCCCGCUGGCCUUGGUCCGGCUGCCGUGUGUCCACUGCAGCCAGGGGCCCGGUGGGUGCGGCCCUGGAGUGGGGGUCCCGGUCGGGGUUCAGGGAGCGUGUUUAGUUCCUGGGCCCCUUCCUCACCCCCCCCGGCCUCUCACUGAGGGGCAGAGAAAUAGUAUUUUUAAAGGUAUUUUGUUCUAGUUUUAAAUAGCAAAACACAAGCUGCAUUUUUAAUUUAUUGUGCACUAAAAAAAGGUAAAUUUUUUGAUUUUUGCAAAAAAAAAAAAAUAAAGUAGGGUUGGAAGCUGAGGGGAAAUCUGUGGAGACAAAGGCUUGUUCGUGAAGUGCAAUAUGCCUCAUUGAUGAUGUUCCGUGUUUAUCCUGUAAAUAAGUGUAUUUAAAUUAAGAGGAAGCUUUUUUUGUAAAAGGACCCAAUGUUCUUUUAUAAAUGUAUUAAGAAAUAUCUUGCUCUUUGAAAUUUAUUCGGAUUUUUAUGAAUAAUUUUUAUUAAAAAGAUUCUUAUUUCUGA